GGAAGAAAGAUUACUCGACUCCAGCAAAAGCCGGACAGAACAGUUGCAUAGAUUUUACCAAAGUAGCCUAAAAGGCCAAAGGAGCAAGACUACAGUGUGUUCCCUACAGUCUGUUCUACUAAUAUCAAGAUUGGUGAAGAUUGAAGGUUACUAUUUGGCCUCUUCCACUUCAAGGGAGAAUUUUGACCUUUCACCUUCAUACCAAUUGUACAAGAGCUGUCCACAGGAUGCCUUUGUUUGGCAGCUCAAAGAGGAGUCCAGCUGAACUGGUGAAGGCUCUGAGAGACAGUACUGCAGUCUUGGAGAAAGAUGAAUCAAGCAAAAAAACAGAAAAAGCCCUAGAUGACAUAGCCAAGACACUGGUUGGUAUGAAGAAUAUUCUAUAUGGUGUUGGUGACCAAGAGCCCCAGACAGAGCUAGUGGCUCAACUUGCUCAGGAGAUAUACAAUUAUGACAUGCUUGUCGUAUUUGUAGUGUAUUUGAACAGGCUCGAUUUUGAGGCCAAGAAGGAUGUUGUUCAGAUUUUCAACAACAUGCUUAGAAGACAAAUAGGAACACGCUCACCAACUGUGGAGUAUAUUUGUUCCAAAGAAGAGUUGCUGUUCAUUUUAGUCAAGGGGUAUCAGAAUCCAGAGAUUGCGUUAAACUGCGGUAUGAUGCUCCGAGAAUGCGUUAGGCACGAGACACUAGCUAAGACUAUUCUCUAUUCGGAAAGAUUUUAUGACUUCUUUCAAUACGUUGAAAUGUCAACGUUUGACAUAGCCUCUGACGCUUUUGCAACAUUCAAGGAUCUUUUGACAAAGCAUAAGCUUUUGGCUGCGGAAUUUCUUGAACUAAAUUAUAACAAAGUGUUUGAACAUUAUCAAAAGCUUCUGGAUUCUGAUAACUAUGUUACGAGAAGGCAGUCUUUGAAGCUUCUCGGAGAAUUACUCCUGGAUAGGCACAACUACACAACAAUGACGAAGUACAUCAGCAAUCCAGAUAACCUCAAGUUAAUGAUGAACCUCCUUCGAGAUAAGAGCCGGAACAUUCAAUUCGAGGCCUUUCAUGUCUUCAAGGUCUUUGUAGCGAAUCCUACAAAAGGAAAACCUGUAUUGGAUAUCUUAGUAAAGAACAAGGAGAAACUUAUCGAUUAUCUGAAGGCAUUUCACAUCGAGAGGACAGAAGACGAACAGUUCAACGACGAGAAAAUGUACUUGGUGAAGCAAAUCAGAGAACUUGGCGACAAAACCGAUUGACAGAAUGUCGCCCUCGUGUUCUUACGAACAGCAUAGGUAGUUUGAAAACGCCGGAAUAUUUAUAUAUUGGAUUUUAGAUGGCUUUCUUAAAUUUGUCAAUAUGUUGAAAACAAUUUUAAUAUGAAAUUAGGGCCUAUAUUAUUAUGAAAAUAAUAAUAUAGGCCUAAAGAUUUACUCUCUGCCAGUAAUCGGGAAAAACAUCGAAAUUCAAUUAAAAAUUGUAACAGCUCAUUUAAAAGGAUCACGCUAGCUAUAACUUUCAACCAGAUACUGAUGCAUAGUUACCAACCUGAGAGAUUUGAAAUGCAUGACUACACCAGCUGACUGGGGGUGGGGCGAAGCCCUGGCGCUGCAGUGAUCUAAGCAUUUUAAGCUGUUUUAAAACGAUUUCAGGGAGUGUUUGUUGACAAUACCGGGUACAAAAAUAAACAAAUAAUACUUUUAAUAAAGCACGUACAAUUUGAGUUUAUAUAUAGCAAUAAUAAAGGCGCCGCUCUGGUUCGUGUGUUUCCUGUAAUUUCUCCACUUAGUAAUUAUGUUCAAAUUUUGAGGUGGGGUGCUUGUCAAAUGCUUGAGUGACGGUUACUCAAUUUAUAGGCCUACUUUGUUUUCUUUAGUGCAUUGUAUUCUGUUUGAAGUAUUAAUAUUGGACGCACCUUUAUCAUCUGAAGUGUGCCACUGUUUCAAAAGUGUAGUUUCCGAAUAAUAAUAUACCCCAUUCGCGGGAGGUUCUUUGGUUUCAGUCACAUACUGUAAUCAACGGAUGGUUGUGACAAUGAACGCGCAAGACCACACGCGCUGCGGCUCCUAGGCUCUCGAUGAAUUUAUUUUUGAACAAGAUUAUGAAAGCUCUCUAAUGACUCAAAACUGCAUGACCGUUUUUAUGUUUUAAAAAAAACAGUUUCUUCUAAUUUUGAAUAGGCCUACAUUUUUUUGGUGAUAAUUCGUUAUCAUGCAUAGACUUAUGCAUGCUAAAUGCGAGACAAAUUUAUGAUGGGAGACGGUUGGUAACUAUGCUCAGUUAUGCUGAUGUAAAAAAAAAAGAUAGGCUCCCAGCGGAGCGUGUGUGUCUGCUGCUUGACAUAGUUUUUUUUUCUUUUUUGGCUACUCUACUUUAAAAUCAUAAUCCAUUCACGCUUUUUGUAUUGACUUUUAGUUCUUUUUAUGACAGGUCAUAUCUUUCUAUGGUAUGGUGUCAUAUUUCAUAGGCUUAACUUUUAUUUCUAUAUUUAGCUUAUGAGGCAUCCCAUCAUUCUUCAAACCGGGUUCACUGUCACAAUUAGGACAGUAGACAUAAAAAUCUUUAAAUUAAUUUACCAGCCAAUUAAGGCUAUGCAAAAAUAUACAGUAAAAAAUAUUAUUUAAUUGCCCAUUAAUUAUGUUUAAGAAGUUAAAUGACUAAAUUAAAUUUACAAAAAUGAAUAGGCAAUUAAAAAUGAAAUGAAAUUUGUCAUUUUUUAUUUUGGAUCAUGACAUACAAUACAUCUCUAAGUAUGCUGAAAAAAGACUAUGAUACACUUUUCGUGUAUUUUUGAUGUACCGUAUCUUAAAGUAAGUAAAGUUGAGAAUGAUUAAAAUUUAAGUAGUCACUUUUAUUUAUUAGGUAUUUAUAAUAAGCUGUACAUUUGAAAAGACUGGUGUAAACAUAAAGUAAAUACUGUACAACGUUUUAUCGAUUAUGACUUGCGACUGGAAGAAAUUAUAGAAAAUAGUCUAAUCAACUAUGUAUUACACAAUUUGUUAUCUUCAACGAAAUUUAACCCUCAUUGUUUGGACCAAUGUAAUCUAGACGCUCUCUAUGAGUUGAUAAACACCCACUAGGCCUAUAUUAUAACUACCAAACAUCUGAAUUAAAAAAAAAAAGUUUUUUCAUUAAUAAAUAUACAGGUAUUGACAGUUACCGUACUUGUUAAUAAAA